AUGAAUAGAAUUAUAACCAUUAACUCAGCUAUUAAAAAUAUAAACAUUUUACAAACUAUAGCAAGAACCAAAAAUUAUAAUUUCAGUAUAAAUAAAAUCACUAAUAAUAAUCACCAAAGAUUUUACACAACCAAAGCAGACGAUAACCAUGCAUCAAAUAUUAUAAAUAAACUUAAACAAAGCCCCUGUUGGUCAUGCAAUGAGCAUAUUGAAAAAAAAAAAGUAUUUUGCCCAAUGUGUAAUAAAGUUCAAAAACCAGAUUCAUCAGUUGAUAUAUUUUUUUUAUUUGAUAUUAAACCUCAUUUUAAAAUUGAUUUAAAAGAUUUAUCACAUAGAUUUAAAAGUUUACAAAAACUAUUACAUCCAGAUUUAUUUGAACAAAAAAAUGAAAAAGAAAAAGCUUUAUCUAAAGAAAUUUCAACAUCAAUUAAUACAGCAUAUAAUAUUUUAAAAUCACCAUUUUUAAGAGCAGAGUAUAUAUUAAAUCAAAAAGGGUAUGACCUCUCCAGCGUUGGUGAUGUCGAUCCCGAAGUUUUAAUGGAGGUUUUAGAAAUUAGAGAAGCAAUUGAUGAAGGUACAGACGAAGAGAUCACCAAAAUUGGCAACGAAAAUCGUGAAAAGAUUAAUGAAGUAUCAAAAGAAUUGGAAUCAUUAUUUGAAAAGAAAGAUUAUCAAGAGGCUUUAAAGAGAACUGUUUAUUUACGUUAUUUAACAAGAAUCCAAGAAGAAAUUCAUAAAAAAUUAGAAUUUCAUAUUUAA